UUCUUUUCCCUCCUGCCAUCCCCCACCUUUUGCAGCUCUAUGCUAUUCCGUGGUUUCUUACAAUGUUCACACAUGUCUUUCCUUUGCAUAAAAUUUUUCACUUGUGGGAUACAUUAUUGCUUGGAAAUUCCUCCUUCCCAUUCUGCAUAGGGGUGGCUAUACUUCAACAACUGAGGGAUCGUCUUCUCGCAAAUGGGUUCAACGAAUGCAUUCUCCUUUUCUCAGACUUACCAGAGAUUGACAUUGAGCGUUGUGUUCGUGAGUCAAUCAACCUGUUUCGCUGGACCCCAAAGAGUGCUACGUACAGGCAAUAUGCACAGCCUCCUCGGCAAGCCAGUGAGAGCAAUAGCACAAGAAGUUCAAUGUCCUGCUUUUCUGUAGAUUAUCAGGAAGCACCUAGAGGUGACCUGUCUAGGGAUUCUAUCAAGUUGGAUGACCUGAAGGCAGAGGUGUCACCAAGGAUUUCAGCAGAAGAUCUGAUUGAUCUCUGUGAACUGACAGGACCAAGUCAUUCCAAAACACCUGUAAAGAAAACAAAGUCUAGCAAGCCAAAGUUGCUGGUGGUGGACAUCCGUAACAGUGAAGACUUUAACCGUGGCCACAUCUCUGGCAGCAUCAACAUCCCAUUUGCGUCAGCAUUUACUGCAGAAGGAGAUCUCAUCCAGUGCCCAGCAACUGCCAUGCUCCAGAGCUUUAAAGGAAGAGUUGUAGUGAUUGUAGGAAAUGCAGCAAAGAACACAGCUACUGUAAGUCUGUAGA